GCGAGCAUAUUACUUACGAGCAUAGGCCAUAGAGUAAAGUAAUCUCUAUACUAUUCACCUUAUUAUCUUCAAUAUUUAUAUUUAUUUUAUUAUUUUAAAUAAAUCAAAUUACAAUUGUUUUAAUUUAACAGUUUCUUACUAAGUUAUUUGUACUGGCAUAAUCUACUAUUUCGUUAAUAAUGAAAUGAAUUGAAGAUAAGUGCUUUAUAAUAUCACAACAUAAAUGGAGUAUACAACUCAAAAUUUGGAAUAUGCAGUGUCUGUAUUUUAUAAUGGAGAACAGGAAGAUCGAGCCAAGGCUCAUGCCUGGCUCACAGUGGCUCAGCGUGUCCCGGAGGCUUGGAACUUUGUAUGGGAGCUACUACAACCUACAAAGGGAACAGAAAUACAAUUUUAUGCUGCAACAACAUUGCACACCAAAAUCCUCCGUUGUUGGAAUGAAGUCCCUCCAGAGAGCUACACAGAACUCAAGGAGAAAAUACUACAAUCAGUGAUAACUUAUUCCAAAGGCCCAAAAAUAGUAACCAAUAGAUUAUGCAUCAGUCUAGCAGCAUUCAUCCUGCAGCAAGGUUCUGCAGAUCUGGCUGAAAUACUGAGACCACUGGCAUCAGCUGAAAAUACUUCACUUUUACUUGAAGUACUGACUGUGAUACCUGAAGAAUACAACAGUAUGACCAUGGGAACAGCUAUGCGCGCCAGAAAUCGUGUAGCAUUGAACCAAGCAUCUCGUAUGGUUCUAGAUGAUAUGUUGAGAUACCUGCAAACAGUAUAUAACGAUUAUAGCAGCUCACCACCAAGCGAGGAGACUGUCCACGCGUGGACGUGCGCAGCGACUUGUGCGGCGAGCUGGCUGACGUUGGGCGGAGAGGACUCCGUCGAGAGCGCUACCACACUGCCCGAGCGCGCGCCACUCUGUCGCGCGCUGCAUACCGCCGUGCAGGUGCUCUGCACUUGGAACGAGGCAGUGAGCGACACGGCGCUGGAGGCGUGCGAGGCGUGCCUGUCGGCGGUGCGCGCGGCGGGCACGGCGGGCGGCGCGGCGCGCCACGCGCACGCCGCGCGCGCGCUGCUGGCCGACCUGGCUGCGCUCGGCGAGCCGCUGCUGGCUGCCAACAACCAGCCCAAUUCGCUCAACGAGGAGUUGGUGUCCGCGGUGAUAACUUGCUGCGUGGCGGUGGGCGAGUGCCACGCGCGCGUGCUGGUGGAGGCGGCGGAGAGCGAGCCGCGCGCGCUGGACGGCGGCGCGCGGCGCCUGCUGCAGCUGCUGCUGAGCGCGCAGGCCGCGCCCGGCCACUACCCCAUACACGAGACGCGGUCCAACCUCGUCUUUGGCCUGUGGUACACGCUGCAAGAUGAAAUAUUGAAUAUGUCAGACAGUACGCAUAAAAUCAAUCCGGUGUGGCAUGAGGUUUUCACGCAAUUGUUGUUGGCGCUUGUAAAGAAGUCGGAAAUGCCGCCAGAGUCCGCACUCUCGAGGGACGAUCAGGAGCUCCUGCGAUGUUACAGACAGGACAUCGCCGAUAUUGUAAUGUACUGCUUCAGCAUCCUGGGCGAGUCCUGCUGGUCGAUAGUGGAGAGCGCGUUCACGGCAGCGGAAAGCGCUUUACAGCGAGAGGCGGCGCUGCACGUGUUCCUCGCGCUGGCGGACGCGGCGCCGCCGAACCGCGCGCCACCAGCGCUUGCAGCGCUCUUGCAUCACGCGCUGGAACUCGCUGCCGACCCCGCCCGCCACGACACGAGAGUUUUACACACCGCACUUGAUUGCCUCGGUGCAUAUGCAGCAUGGCUGAGCUCGGUGCAAAGCCCUCAGACGGCAGCGCUGGGGAGGGAGUGCAUGCGCGCGGCGGGCGCGGCGCUGCAGCGCUGCCCGGCGCCCGCUGCGCUCGCGCUGCGCAAACUGUGCGUGGACUGCACUGCGCCCGCCGCGGCGCUCGUCGCGGACAUCGUGCAAGUCGCGCAGAACGUAAGCGGCACUGCGGACGCGUGGACACGACGGCAACUGCUGAGCGCGGCGGGCGCGGCGCUGGCGGCCAGCGAGCCCGCCGAUGCGGCGCCACUGCUCGCCGGCCUCGCGCACCGCCUGCGGCACGACCUCACCGCGCAGGUGCGUUCUGGCGGCAAGUGCGGUGCCGCAGAGUGCGUUUCACUGAUGGGUGCGCUGAGUCUGCGGCCCGCGCUCGCCGCGGAUCUGUUCCGGGCGCUGCUGCCCGCGCUAGGCCUCAUGCCCACCAAGCCGGAUCUCGUGCAGCCUAUGUUUCAAAUACUGAAAAACGCAGUGUCUGCGCUGAUGGGCGAGUGCUCAUUAAUCGUAGAUGACUUAGAAAAACUUAUCGUAGCGGGAUUCGAAACAGCGCCUUGCCCUGUUGGACUAGAUGUCAUCAAAUUAGUGACAGUGUUCGUUGGUGGAGAAUGGGACGGCGCGUCGCGCGUGGUGCGGACGGGCAUCAUGGCGAGCGCGCGCGCCGUGUCCCCCGCGCCCGCCCCCGCGCACGGCCCCGCGCCCGCCUGCCCCCUGCCGGACCUGGCUGAAGCGUUGUUUGCGCUCCUCAUAGCGCUCACUAAGAAACAACCCGUCGCUAUUGAUUGGAUCGAGGACUUGCUUCCAGAUUUAGUGGACUUGGCGUGCGCGUGCGUGCGGCUGUGGGAGGCCGGCGCGGCGGGCGCGGCGUGCGGCUGGCUGGCCGCGCUGGCGCAGCGCCGCGCGCCCGCGCUGCACGCGCGCGCGCCCGCGCUCACGCACACCGCGCUACGGUGCAUAGGAGGAGCAACGCCUCGAAACCAGAUGGAGCCAUUGGCGGAGCUACUGCUGGCCCUGAACCGCGCGCAGUGGCCGGGCGCCGAGGGCAGCGCGGAGCUCGGCGCCUGGCUGCGCGUGGCGCUGGCGCACGCGGGCUUCCCGUCCGCGCACGCAACCGACGCGCACAAACAGAAGUUCAUUGCAGCUGUGCUCAGGGAAAAGAGCAGUAAGAGGCGGUUACUUGAAACAGUACAAGAGUUCUCCUUGCUCUGCCGCGGCCUGAUCGGAACAGAGUACGCGCGGCAGUCGCUGGCUUCCAAACAAAUGGUGGCCUGAACUAUAUUACAGUAUACAAUAUACAUGCAUACACUGAAUAUUUUGAUCUUGCCCUUUCUCAUUACAACGAAAAUCAGUUUUUAACUUCAACGCAACCAGAAAUGUACCGGACCGUACAUUUUUUAGACCCUAUUUUAAAGAGUUUAUAUUAUGAGCGUAAAGUAUGGAAAAGUCGAAUGAUCUGAGGCAGUUUUCAAGUGAAAAAAGAAUGUCACAACCCGGGUAACAUUUAUUUGUUAUAGAUACAAAUCGAAUCACGACUAAUGAUUUAAGCUUAUUUCUUAGGGACAUAAUCACACUGCAGUUCCGUCGUGACUACGAUCUUGCGACUGGGUUGAAAUAUCGAUAAUUUUAAAUCAUAUUAACCCGUACGUACGUACGGGUUAAUAUGAUUUACGCACCCGCUAUUUGCACUAUAUUCUUAUGUCGAAUCACGAUGUUUGCGCAUAGUUACUUAACACAAAAUAAUUUUAGAAAAAUUGUGCUGUGCGAAGGCAAGACUUUGAAUUUUUCCAAAUCGCUUGGUUACGUCAAAUUUCAAAACAGAUUUUUUUCUGACUUGUGUGUCUAACUUGGUUUUGAAUCCUAAACAUGACUGUGUUAGUAAUGUUUUAAAUUAGUUCAAAACUUAAUUUAUUAUAACCUUAACUUAAUUUAUAAACUUAGUGUCUAUAAAAUUUUAUUGUGUGUUAUUAAUCAGCUAAGUGGAAAGGAAAUCUAAUUUUUUUUAGAUCUAAUUAUGUCUUUUCCAUAAAAACAAUACAAACACUUGUGAGCAUUGUUUUCAUAGGUAGAUGAACUGAGAAGUAGAAAUCCUUUUUAUCUGAUAUUGUAAAGCGGCUUUUAUAGGUGACAUACAUGGCAGCCCAAUCGUGAAACCUAAAUUAAAAUCAAAUUAUUAUUAAUUUUUAAGUGUAGAAAAGAUCAGUUAUUAUUUAUGAUAUUUAUGUACAAAUUACAAAAGUAUUUAAACUAUAUUUAUACAUAAAUUACUAUGUACUUGUAUCAUGACGUAUUUUGUAAUUUUUUUCAUACAUCAGUAUUCUUACUGCAUACUACCGACGACCUUCGAUCUAUAAGUUUCUGAUAUUUUGACCUGGGUCUGUUAAAUAGAUGAUUGCUUUUGUCAAUAGAUAGAUCGACCCUACGAGGUCUAGCAUAAAUCUCCCCUAAAAUCCUAAAGUAAAAACUUUAACCACCUGUCAAGAAACUGGACCUUAGUUUUAGUCAAUCACGUUGCAACUAGGAAAUAGAGCUGUGCUUUAGUAAUUAUGGCUAGGCCACUUUAUCAUCCUUCGAAUUAUUCAGAUCAUCUUGUUAGGAACUAUCGAUUAAUUGUACUAAUUGGUGUAAUUAGAGUAAAUCCAUUCAUUUUACAAAAACGUCUGAUGAUAAAUAAAUAAUGAAUUAGUGAGAUAUCAUCAUGAUCAACUAAUAGAUAGCCACAGAGCACGGCACGGGUCUCCUCUCAGAAUGAGAAGGGGUUUGCUUUUAGUCUACCACGCUGGCCAAGUGCCGAUUGGCAGAUCUAUUAUUUAUUGAAUUAGUGCCUACGUUAUUUGGAAUUAUGAAUAGUAAAAUAUAAUAAUUAUAUGUAAUUUGUAGAUAGUAGGAAUUAAGCCUAUUUUUAUGUAAAGUAACGAAUAAGUUUGGUAGGAAAUCGUCAUUUCAUUUGUAUAUUAUAACAUGACAUGUUGUAAAAAUAAGAAAAUAAAAAAAAUUGA